GUUGGCCGUGUUGCUGCUGCUGGCCCUGCCAGCUCUGUCCUCAGCCAGUCUGCAGGACAUUGUGAAGAAGAGUGCACAACACAGAAAAGUUUCCUUACUGAAUCCGGAGCUGGAGGGCCUGGUGCCUGAACCGACUGGCAACAAUGUGGUCUCAGCUCCUCUGACUCCUACUGACUUGGAGCAGCAGCAGGAUAUACCUUCCUCCAUGUUCGGUGAUAACAUUAACCUGGAGUGGCUGACCUGGGAUGGAUCCCUGCCAAAUGGAGCUGUUUCAAUCUACAACAGUUACACCGAGCGCACAGACUAUGUGUGCAAGUAUAAGUGCGAGGCCGGCUUUUACAACCCAAGCUUGGGCCCAUAUUGCCGUUAUCCCUAUGGGGACCGCGAGUACUAUGCCCCAGAGUUUGAGAUCCUGACCAACAAAGACAACUUUGAGUUCCUGGAGUGGAAGGAAGAUUCUUAUGGUUCAGUGCCCCAGCAUUCAGUCAGGACCUGCCCGGGUGUUGGUAUCUAUGUUGGAAAGAACAAGUAUGGUCUGGGAAAGGUUGUUCCUCAGUUUGAAGCUUUCUUCCUGCCUUGGGAAGGUGAUGAGUACUGGUACAAGAGGUACCAUGUCCUGACUAUCAACAGGGAUGCCUACACUCAGCACAUCAGUGAUGUCAAGUAUGGCAUUGAUGAGGUUGCCAUCUUCCAGUAUCCUCCUGAGACCAUGCGCAUUUCUGGAGUCACCAACAACGAGUGCCAGUCGAUAUCAAAGACAGUCACCAUCUCAAAGAGCACAGAGGUGGAGACCACCUGGAACAUUGGCCGAGCCACCAUGCUGGGUAUCACAGGCAGCAUCACGGCUAAUAUCCCCUUCAUCGGCUCUGGGGGCAUUGAGCUGGGUGCUGAGAAAACGCUUCAGUUCUCCAGAGGAACCACCGUGGUGGAGGAACUCAGCCACUCCGUGUCUGUGCAGCUCACUGUCCCACCAAACCACUCCUGCAAAGUCCGUAUGGAGGGACGCAAGAUCAAAGCCGACAUUCCCUACACUGCUCGCCUCAGCCGUACCUACCGCAAUGGAGAGACCCAGUGGACAUCCAUCUCUGGGACAUAUGAUGGAGUCCAGAUUGGAGAAGUUCGGGCUGUAGUGGACCGCUGUGAACCAGUGGCCGACGCCAAGCCUUGCCCCUGAAAGGCUGACGGAAGAGACACCAAAAAAUAUUUUGGAACAACAUCUAAUGUUUGUGAUGUCAAAAGCAAAUUAUAUGACACAAUAAAAAUAAAACAAUGCCCACGUUGUGUGGUACAUGGAAAACAUCUCUUGUGUCGGCUGGUGUCUAAAAGAAAAUUUUACAUUUUGCAAAUAACAUGAAAUAAUUUUCUUCUUUUUCUUCCCUUCCAUUCUCUUAAGAUCUCUUCUCUACUUUGCCAGACUACACAAACAUCAGAGUAAUUAAGCACAUUUCCCCAGUGCUCUGUUUCUGCUAAUUUAGUAGAAGAAUUCUAUCUUUGCAGAUAAGAAUUUCAAUACAAAUUUAACAAAAUUUUUGGUUUUUUUUAAUUGAACUCAUAGUGGUGGGUUAG